UGGCGGUAAUUAAGACCAACUCCGAUGUAGCGUACAGAGGUACACCAGUACUCGGAACAGGUUGUACCCAGAGGUCUAAGCAGGGGCGGACUGACAACUGAUGGGGCCCCCGGGCAAUAGGGGAUCAUGGGGCCCCUGUGUCCUUGCCCAAACUCAAAAAAGCCUAUGAAAAAGGUACCAGGGGCAUCUCAUGGGGCCCCUACUGACCCCAGGCCCUCGGGCAGUGCCCGAGUUUCCAAAUGGUCAGUCCGCCCCUGGGUCUAAGU